UCGGCAGAAUUAUGACGCUGGGCUAAUGCGGCGAGAGCAAGCUGUCACCUCGCCCUGCCCCGGCCCUUGCCCGCAGCUUAGGUGCCUCCAGACCCUUCAGCAGAGCUUCACCCAUGGGUGAAACAACCCCCCCGGUGCCCCAUCCGAGGGCGCCGGGAGGACCCGCGUCCCGGAGCGCCGGCCCACCCACGGGCGACGCAGAGACCCGGGUGGCCGGUGCCGAGGGAUGCCGGGGAGCGGCCAGCGUGGCGAUACAUGCUGAGUCGGCUAAUUUGCCCGUCCCCUCCUCGCCGUCGGAUGAACCUCCUCGCCCAGGUAAAGGGGGAGCCGGCAGGGAGGGGGCACCCACAGCCAGGAGGUCCCAUCCCUCUGCCGUGGCACCCGGCGCCCAGGGACCCGUGGCUGGGACCUGCCCGGUGAGCGGCUCCAGGCAGGCGGCGGCUGGGGCAGCGAGCACGGCAGCGUUCUUCCUCUGCGAGGGGCUGCUGGGCCAGCACUUCGACGUGGUCCCCAAUGGGGUGGCCGAGCCCCAGCCUGGGGACCUCUUCAUCUUCCCGCUGGCAUCGGGGGUCCCUGGCUGGUGGGGCGCCCACGCCGGAGUCUACUGCGGUGACGGGGAGAUCAUCCACCUGGAAGGCAGCUCGGGGACAUCCCCGUCGGGGAUCGUGGCCAAGCACGGCAAGAGCCACCUCCUCCGGACGCGGGGUCCGGCCAAGGUGCUGCGGAGGAAGGGAGGGCUGGAUGCGGCCUCCCUGCAGCGGCGAAUCCGGGAGGCCAUGGACCAGGCGGUGGAGUACGACGCCGUCACCUGCAACUGCAUCCACUUUGCCCUCACCCUGCUGGGGCUGGGCCAGCUCGCCGGUGCCAUGGUGUCCCCAGCGCUGCAGUGAUGGAAGCGGCGAUGAGCCCGAGGAACACGCGGGGCUGGAGCAUCGUUCCCCGGGGGGACCAGCAUUGCGCCAGCGGCUUUGGCAUCCCUCUUGUGUUUGGCAAUAAAUGGUUGCACGGA